AUGGAGAGAUUACAAAGAUUAAUGAUGCACAGCAAGAUCGAUGGAGAAGAUUCUAACCGUGACGAUACAAAGGAAACGGUAUACAUCUCAUCGAUUGCUCUUCUAAAAAUGCUAAAACAUGGUAGGGCCGGUGUACCCAUGGAGGUUAUGGGCUUAAUGUUGGGUGAGUUUGUCGAUGAUUAUACUGUAGAGGUAGUAGAUGUUUUUGCUAUGCCUCAAUCUGGUACUGGUGUUUCUGUUGAAGCUGUAGAUGAUGUUUUUCAAGCUAAAAUGAUGGAUAUGCUAAAACAAACAGGUAGAGAUCAAAUGGUAGUGGGUUGGUACCAUUCACAUCCCGGUUUUGGCUGUUGGCUAUCAUCUGUUGAUGUGAAUACUCAAAAAUCCUUUGAACAAUUGAAUAGCAGGGCGGUAGCCGUUGUUGUUGAUCCAAUUCAGUCUGUUAAAGGUAAAGUGGUUAUUGAUGCCUUUAGAUUAUUCGACUCUGCUACAAUGGUAAAUAAUCAAGAACCAAGGCAAACAACAUCUAAUGCUGGUUUAUUAAAUAAGGCUAAUAUCCAAGCCUUGAUACAUGGCUUAAAUAGACAUUAUUACUCAUUAAAUAUCGAUUAUAACAAAACUCCUGAUGAAACAAAAAUGUUAAUGAAUUUGCAUAAGGAGGCAUGGCAAUCAGGAUUAAGAAUGUAUGACUAUGAAGAAAAAGAAACCAAUAAUCUCAAAGCGACUCAGAAAAUGGUUAAAAUUGCAAAGCUGUAUUCCAAACGAAUUGAAGAAGAGAGGGAGUUAUCUGAUGAUGAAUUAAAAACUCGCUAUGUUGGUAAACAAGAUCCUAAGAAGCAUUUAUCAGAAACAGCAGAUAAAGCUUUGGAAGAAAAUAUAGUUUCAAUGCUAACUGCAAGUGUAAACUCGGUAACAAUUAAAUGA